AUGUUUGCUUCUACAACCCCUCUCGCCCAACAUCACCCCCAACUUCAACAAAACCAACAACAACAACAAUUAUUACAAUUACGCCAAUCUUCCUCUCAUAAUUAUAUUCAAACACAACAACAACAACAACAUUCCUCUUCUUCUCUUAAUUAUGCGAUGAUGACAACAUUGGAAUCUGGAGGGCACAACAAUUUAUUAACUCAACAAAAUCAAACUUGUUCAUUAGCACAGUUUCAACAAAUACAACAACAGACAAAUAGAUCGAUUGAUGGGGUAAGUUUUUGUUUGUUUGUUUAAAAACACUCGAAUAAAUACAGUAAAACAAAAACAUUAGAAACAAAAACAUCAGAAAACAAAACAUAUUAAAACACGAAACAUCAAAACAAAUAUAGCAAAAACACACAAAAAGUUUGAACCACAAAACAUUAAAAUA